UCUUUUAAAAGAGGUCGCAAUUUAUGUGGACCGGAUGCCUUUCUCGAUUCCAAUUCUCUUCUUCCUGCUCUCUCCAUCUCUCCGCCGCAAAACAAGCAGUGGCAAAACCGUAAAUCGAUAGAUGGCUUCAACGGUUGCAAUUCAACCUCCGUCCUUUCUAUACCGUGGAAAAAGCACCAUUUUCAAAAAUCUCAGGAAAUCUCCGGUCUUCGCUGUCAGAGAAAGCCGGAGACAUACUACAAUUAUUGCAAAAGCUGCCGGGGAGAACUCCGAUUCUUCCACCUCCCUUAGUAUUAUCAAAACUGUCCAAAAUGCAUGGGAUAAAUCUGAAGAUCGACUCGCUCUUGCUGGCUUGGGCUUUGCAGCAAUUGUAGCGGUGUGGGCAUCUGGUAAUCUGAUUGGGGCCAUAGACAAGCUUCCUCUUAUCCCAACUGUACUUGAGGUUGUUGGAAUAUUGUUUUCUUGGUGGUUUAUAUAUCGUUAUCUCUUAUUCAAACCUGAUCGGGAAGAGCUUUUGAAAAUAAUCAGCAAUUCAAUUUCAGAUGUUCUAGGCCAAUGAAAAUGUGCAGACAAAUAGAUUAUUUUCUUCUUUAUAUUGCAAACUAAGGCAUAUUAAGCAAUAUUGGGUUUGUAAUGAUGAUGAUGAAUUUGAAGAGCUUUUGUCAUCAAUGAUAAUGGAGCCAUUUGGUAA